UCAGUGUCUCCUCUGUCCUGAAGCAGUCACCUGACCUACAGCCGGGAGUGUGUUGCUGUACGUUCGCACAGCAAGCCGGUGGCGGCUCGAGUUCCCAGAAGCCGUGUGGGAGGCCGAGCUGCGUGGCCAUCAGCCCAGCGGGUCAGCCAGAAGCUUCCGGAGUUCCCGCCAGCGACCUCCGGCACACGGCCGGGGAAUGUUCGCGGACUGACUCCUCUGGCUUGCCGUAUCCGCCCGCAGCCGCCCUGCGAGCUGCGGAUCCCGGCUCAGAGCGGGCUGGGAAGACACGGCCUCCUGACGUGGAGCUCCUCCGCCGGCAGUCGCUCGGACACGUUGCCUCGCUUUCAGUCUGGGUAAUAUUUAAGUGAAACUUGCUUGAAAUCAGCUCAUCCACGGAGAGAGACUGCGGUCAAUAACAUCAACAGUGAGGUGGGAAGGAAGAUGUUGUCCUUAAACAACCUACAGAAUAUCAUCUAUAACCCGAUGAUCCCCUAUGUUGGCACCAUUCCUGAGCAUCUAGAACCUGGAACUUUGAUUGUGAUACGUGGACACAUUCCUAGUGAUGUGGACAGAUUCCAGGUGGAUCUGCAGUGUGGCAGCAGCGUGGAUCCUCGAGCCGACGUGGCCUUCCAUUUCAACCCUCGUUUCAAAAGAACCAACUGCAUUGUGUGCAACACACUGAUGAAUGAAAAAUGGGGAUGGGAAGAGAUCACCUAUGACAUGCCCUUCAAGAAAGAAAAAUCUUUUGAAAUUGUGAUUAUGGUGCUGAAGGAAAAAUUCCAGGUGGCUGUGAAUGGAAAACAUAUCCUGCUCUACGCCCACAGGAUAAGUCUAGAGAAAAUAGACACUCUGGGCAUUUAUGGCAAAGUGAAUAUUCACUCAGUUGGUUUUAGCUUCAGCUCGGAUUUGCAAAGUAUCCAAGCAUCCACUCUGGAACUGACAGCGAUAAGUAGAGAAAAUGUACAAAAAUCUGGCAUGCCACAGUUUCCUAGUAAUAGAGGAGAUAUUUCUAAAGUUGUACCCAGAACUGCCUACACCAAGAACAAAGAUUCGACUGUGAAUCACACUCGUACAAAAAUACUACCUAUCAACUAUUUCUCAAAGAGCCUGCCAUUUGUUGCAAGGUUGAAUUCCUCCAUGGGCCCUGGGCGAACUGUCGUCAUCAAAGGAGAAGUGAAUACAAAUGCCAAAGGCUUUAAUGUUGACCUGCUAUCAGGAAAAUCGAAGGAUAUUGCUCUACACUUGAACCCACGACUGAAUACCAAAGCAUUUGUACGAAAUUCUUUUCUUCAAGAUGCCUGGGGGGAAGAAGAGAGAAGCAUUACUUGUUUUCCAUUUAGUCCUGGGAUGUACUUUGAGAUGAUAAUUUAUUGUGAUGUUAGAGAGUUCAAGGUUGCCAUAAAUGGUGUGCACAGCCUGGAGUACAAACACAGAUUUAAAGAGCUUAGCAGUAUCGACACACUGGAAGUUGAUGGAGAUAUCCACUUACUGGAAGUAAGGAGCUGGUAGCAAACAUGACUGUUAAAAAAAAAUCCUCAAAUACAAAAUGGCUUGUGUGAUACUGGCUUGUCAAAAUGCAUCUCACUGUCACUAUAUGGUUUAUAUUGUUAAAGUGAGCUUGCAUAGCAUUAAAUCCUGCUGGCUAUUAUUAGUCUUUGCCAUGUGAUGUGGCUGUACCUAGCACUAAAGUAAGGAAAUUCAAGGUGACAGAAUUAUAGCCAGAAAAGACAUCCUACUUUGUCCCCCACAACUCCUCUCAGCGUUCUCUUAAAAUCUGCAAUCAGCAAAUAUUUAUUAAGUGCCUACUAUCAAUGCAAAGCAGCUAGCAUACUGUUUUUAUUAGCACUCUGCCGGGCGCUGGGGUCCAUACAUAGUGGUAUCCAAACCAGCCUGUUCCCUGGUCAAGCUUCUGCUCAGCUGCUCAGUUUGCUCAGUGUGCUGUUUUACUGCAGGCAUUGAUUGCUCAGAGCAGAGUUAUAUAUAUCAGCAUAAUAAACAUUUCUAGCUCUAUCAGCUUUCCCAAAUCCUGAAUGCAGCACAAAAA